AUGACGGCUCGUCUCCUGAGGCUCUGCACCCCUGUGUACUGCAGAUACCAGUUCCACAAUACUCCAGUUCAUGAGACCAAGGGGGAGCCCCAUGGGACUCAUAUAUUUUUCCAGGAUAUUAAUGUCAUCUUCCUUGGGGCCAUGCACCCUAGUGACCUGAGGGAGUACCUCGAAGGGCCCCCUAUGGUGGUUGAAGUCCAUGACAGGGACCGGAAGUCAGAGGAGUAUACCCGGAAACCUACCCUGUUUGGAGAGGACCCUGUGGAUUCGUACUUCAAUCUCCAAGCUUUCAUCUCUUCCAAAGACACCGAGAAUAACCCCUUUGAGUCCCAGAACAAGAUAUGGGAUCCUUAUGGGGUUGCCCGGGUCAGUUUUGCUGACCUCCUUCUUGGUCAUAAAUACUUGAACCUGGUUGUCCCCAUCCAUAACUGUGAGCCAAAGUCUGCUGGCCGGAGCCAGGAUAGCAGGAACAGGAAGUUUGUAGGGUUCCGGGCCCCCAUGGAUGUCCUCCAGCAUAGCUCAAUGCCCACAGGCAACUACCUGGAGGCCAACUCUCUACUCAAGCUCCGAGUGGACAUUGCCGUGCCCCUGAGUGCUUGGCUCACAGCUCCUGAGCUUGACUUCAUGGGGACCCAGUUCGGCCGCAUCAUUUUUGUGUUCAAAACCAAGAAGCUGGUCCUCCUACAGAACCUGCUGCAGGACAUCACCAUGAUCAAUGCCAAAGCCCUGGACUUGGACAGUCAUUCCAUCCAGAACAUCCAGCAAAUCCUGUCGGCCUUCAAGGUACGUGUGAAGAUCCAAGAGCAGCAGUGCCUGGAUGUGCUCACUGGCUUCCAUCUGCUGGACGGAAAGAUCCACCUUUUUAUUCUGGAAGGCUUGGCAGAACACGGCUUGAGGCAACUGUGGGAGAGUUACCAGAGCAGGGUUACUACCUCCAAUCGUGUAGCGUGCAAGGUGCUGUAUGACUCCAGGUUGCUCUUCCGCCAUCGCCUGUACGCUGACCUGGAGACCAUUCUGUACCAUGUACAUUUGUUCAGGCCCGUGUCGCUGCUCCUGCGCUACCCAGCGCUCUAUGUUCGUGGGGCUGUGCCACGCAUGGCCUUUCAGGCACUGACCAGGAUCCACGACAUCUGCCACAACAGCACCAGGCUCAGGGAGGUGAUUAUGAGAGACCUGCUCCCCUCCUCCUCCAUGGUUAAAGACCUGAGCCAAGAGUUUGGGAUACCCAUUACCCAGGAAGAACUCACAGAUGCAAAACUGUUAGCCACGUCUCCCCAGCCCACUCCCAAUGACACGAACAUCCAGCGUCAGACUUCUACCCUCCCAGAGGAGAUCCAGACCCACCAGGAGAAGUACCUGCAGUGGAGGAACAACAUGCUGCUGAAGAAUCAAGACCACAGGGAUAGCCUUGUCCAGAAAAAUAUCACAGAAGCCUACCAGCUCACCAAAAAGCCUCUGAAGUCAAUGGCGAAGACAAUUAGAAUUGCCAUUCCUGAGAACAAAGCUGUCCACAACUACAGUAUCCAGAGCCUGAACUCCACAGAGCUUGCAAAGAAGGAGAUGUUCAAAGAGAUGGCCAAGGAAUGGCAAGAAAACGCUCUGUUCGCUAACGUGCUGAAGCCCGUGUUGGAUCGGGAUAGGUGGAGCUGGAGCCAGCGACACCUGGACUUUGACCUGUACAAGAAGCCACCACUUUACCUUGAACUGCCCCCUCUUCCAGCUCCUAAGUCUGCAACUGCUGUUUAUGAAGACUAA